AUGCAGCAAGUGGACUCUGAAAACCUGUCUGUCGACCCCUAUAAGUCUAUACCCCGGUCAUGCCCGUACUUGACGUGCAUCAUCUACAUUGCCAAACCCUGUGUCUACGUCAACACCAUGCCGCCCUCACCUUCUUGCCCGUUCCUGCAUGUGGCCAGGCUGCCUGCGCUGAUCAUCGGCAAAGGCCCUAGUGGACCGGCUCUUCCUGCCGCCGCUGUAAGAUGGGCCAACGGAAACAAGACGACCAGAAAGCGCCGAUCCAAGUGUGCUGGCGCGGAUACCGUCAGCUGA